AUCCCUCCUCCAAGCCUGUUUCUCAAUUUUGAACUUCGAAACUUCAAACUCAGGUGAAGCUUGUUCGAGUGGCCGUGGCUAGGGUCCUCUUAAAAACCCUAUUUCCGAGCCUGCGUGGUCUUCAAAGCGUGGCACGUCCCGUGUGCCUUGGUUGGUGUCUGUGAACCAAGUCGCACUUCAUUAGAUCCGUUUCUGUUUCCCUCACCAUUAUCACCCGCGCCCCGCCACCUAGGAGCGCACGAUUACGCACUUUAGGUAAUUCCUCUCGUUUGCAGAGCACGGGAGAGAGCAAUCUCCGCACACGCUCUCACCUUGCAUCCGCACCUCCACGUCGUUUCUCGAUAUAAAGCUCACCUGCGUUGGAGUGUUGCCAUAGACUUUCCAGAAAAGCUCUCCCACUCAACUUCCGAGUGUAAAAAUGGGUCGCAAAGGCGCUGCCACCGUCCCUCCCUCUAUGCAGCUUUCCGCACCUCUUCGAACUUCCCUACCUCGUUGUAGCAAGACUAACCACAAAUGCUUCCCCCAGCAGGGCGACCAAGACGACCCAUUGGCUGCGGCAGUUCCCACUGCCCGUCGUGGCCUCAAGCGCGGGGCACAAUCUCUUGCCGCGUCUCGCAGCACCCCGGGAAGGACCAACGGAACCGCAUCCGCACCAGACGUUGCUACCACCGAAGCUGGCUCCGUUGCACCGGAGCAAAACAAAACCACCCUAAAUACUGCUACUGUCGUCGCCGAACCCAAUCCCAAUCAGGUGCCGCCAGGACCCACGUCAACAUUCGACGCCGCGGCGGAACAGACCAACUUCGACGACCUUUUCACGAGGUCGCUGCAGUCGCCCGUGCAUGCAUCUUACCCAGGAGGCGCUGGUGCCACGGUUUUCGGCCGGGUUAUGACCAACACUGUUGGUUCAGACCCAUCUGAUGAUGCUGUUGUGUUUCACGAGGCGUCUCGUGGAGCCCCAAUCGACGAUGAACUGCGCAUGCGGUGUGCCGUUCAGGAGGAGGAAGGGAAAGAGCUGAAGAAAGCUUGCGCAACCAAGGACGGCCACAUCGCAAGGGCACUUGACAUCGCGAGUACCCUGGCUGACCACGUCCUUAUGGACAGGUUUGCCCGCAUCGAUUUUGUGAGGGUCAUGUCUGAUAGCAUCGGGGAUCUCCUGUUUGAUGGCAACCUCCUCAACCUCUCUCCGAGGCGAAGCGUUUUCGUCGAGAGGCUUGUUGCCAAUGCAGGUUUCACGCUUGGCACCGAGGAUGCAGUCAAGCUCAUCGCUCUCAUGAAGGACCGCGACAUCAUCACUGCCACGGAGCGCCGAUUCAACAACCGCAUUGGCAAGAUCUACAGUGGCUGCAGGCAAGCACUGCGCAAGGCUCCGAUGAGGCUGCUGGUUGCUAAGCGUGGUCCCGAAGGGACACUUAAGUGGAGGGAGCCGUUCGAUUUCAUAAUCCGCUGCAGCAACUAUGUGAACGCGAACUCGACCAAGUUUAAGGGCAUUGAGUGGCACGUCACUUUGGGUGAACCCCUCUCGAGUGUUGCCUUUGUCGGCUGCGCGAAGUUCUUCAUCGAGCACUAUGACCCUAGUCGUCCCAUGGGUCUCUACCCUAUGCAGCUCCUUCUGAUACUUGCAGUGGUUCGUUUCAGGCUGCGUCACCCGGGUGCCGGCAAGCUCCAGCUGGAGCGGUCUGGCGACUCUCAGGCAAUGGCCAGGCAGGCCCGUGUUCUCCAGCGCUGGAUCAAUAGCCAUGGGGUGAGGACGGGAAACUACAUCGGGAUUGGCCGUGUGUGCCUUGUUGGUUGGAACGACAUCCCGCAAGAGGAGCUGGAUGUUGACGUGCUUGGGGAUGAGGAUGAGUUGGAUGAGGAUGUUGAUGAGGUGGUUACUGAUGAUGAGGAUGAUGAGCAGGAUGCUUAGGGAGUGGUCAUCUUGGUGGGAGAGGUUAUUGAGGGCAUGUAUCUUGACCCUAGUUGAGUGUGCUUCUAUGCGUUUUAGCAUGCAUGUUAGCUGGCAUGAUUUGCCUAACGUAGUUUUUGCAGUUUUUUUGGUUUGGUGAUCGCGUUUGUAUCACGCUAACAUUUUUAAUAUGCUAAUCUUCCUGGG